GAGGCCACGACGUCGCAAAACCUUUGCUGAAAUGCUGAAGGAAGAAGCAAAGCAGUUCUGUCUGAAUACUGCUCUCCACGGGUAUCGAUUUAUAGUGCUGCCCAAACGUAUAUUGUUGGAAAGAAUUUUUUGGGCAAUUGUAUGCUUAGUUGCCCUAACAACCGCUCUAUCGUUACUCUUCAUAGCUUGGAGUGAUUUCAAAAAGAAUCCAACGGUACUAGUAACCGAUUCAAAUCAUCAUCCAGUAUGGCAAUAUGAGUUUCCAGCAGUAACAGUUUGUGACUUCAAUAUCAUAUCCAAAAAAGCAGCGGUUCGUCUCGCAAGAAACUUGACCAAGGGAAGCAACACAAACGAACUGGUCCAGCAAUUCAGGCUUCUCGCGCAGCUCAUCAGGAACACUAGAAUAGACACCCCGUUCAGUAACUUCUCUCAGCUCCAAGACAUUCUGGACGAACACAAAAUGUCAAUAGAAACCGUCAUGCAAAAACUCACUCCUUCUUGCGACGAAAUUUUAGUUCGAUGUCUUUGGAAGGGAGAAGAAAAACGAUGCGAUAGUAUUUUUGAGCAAAUCAAAACUACCGAAGGAUUCUGUUGCUCAUUCAACUACUUUGCUUUCAAUCACACUUUUGGAGGGUCACUAGCUAGAAAAUCCCCCAAAGAACCAAGAAGAGUUUCAGGCUGUGGGUACCAAACAGGACUAGAAGUGAUGGUAAACAACAAUCCAGAUGAUUAUGUGGCUUCCUAUAUUCCAUCAAUUGGUCAAAAGAUCCUCAUACAUAAUCCCUACUACUUUCCGGACUGGACCGUGCAGGCUAUUUUGAAUCAGAGGAGAAUCGUGAAUCUCAUCAGCCUUAUCCCGACGAUAACCCACUCCACCGAAGACAUAAAGAGAAUGGACGUGGAUAUCAGGAAAUGUUUAUUUUCACACGAGAGAAAGUUGAUUCACUUCGAAAGGUACAAUUACCAUAACUGUAUGGUAGAGUGCAGGAUGAAUUUGACGAGGAGGCAAUGCCGCUGCAUUCCCUUUUAUAACAUCCACAAUCCACGUGUGUAUGAAUAUAAGAAAUACCUAUUUCAUGAUGCUAAACAUAAAAUAUGUUCCUUAAGAGAUAUUCCGUGUCUUGAAGAAAAUUAUG